AUGUCUCGUAUCUUUUCUCUCAAUGAAUUAGGUCAUGCAGGUUCAUCAAGGUUAUCUCGACCCACUCGACCUACUCGAGAGUUACCAGACAUUGACCUUGAUAUCGAUGAUUUGACAGAUAGUGAUACGGAGGAUGAAAAGGAUCAAGAAACUCAACUUAAAGAUGCUGAAACAUCAAAUGAUUAUGAAAUUUUGAAAAGGUCUUUGAUCAAUGAAGAAUUUUCGCCGGAAAUUUUAAUGUAUCAAGAUAAAGCCAUUGAUAAUUUGGAUAAGUUGAUCCAAGAACAAGAUGCGGUUUCAAAAGAUAUGUUGGUAACGCACGAACGGAAAAAAUUUGGUAUGCUCCUGUUUAGUGGUACUGACCGAAUUAAAUAUAUUAUGGAAAAAUAUUUGCUUUGUAGAAGAAAUAAGAUAGAAACUCAAGUCUUGAGCAUCCUCUCGUCUCCUAUUUACAAGGAAAGAUUAUCCACGGCUGAACUAACCCAUGCAGAGGAUUAUAAAAUGUUACUCGAAGAUUAUCUAAAAGCGGAACUCAAACUUCCAAAUGAUUGUUUAGAAGAUAGUAUAAUAAAGACUUUUGAAAAGAAACCAGAUCUUUCGAAAACUGUAUUUUGUCGAGUCUUAAAAAAUAUAGUUCCUCGAGAUGCACAAGACACUGCUAUACAACAUGAACCGGGAGAUGUUAUCAUGGAUAAAUAUGCGUACAUGAGAGAUGCCCUGAAAGAUAAUUCUGUGGAAUUAAUAUGA